AUGACUGCAGAUAUCAACGGCUCAAAAUAUUUUUUUUAUAGUAGAAUGCGUGCUACAUGGAUUAUACUAUGUGCAGUUAUGGUGGAUGCGACAGUACAGCUGGGUCUUAACAGAAAGAAACUGGAUUUUGAGAAUCAUGGAGAAUUACUUAGGGAAAAAAAGCUGAUUGACGAGAUGAAUAAACAAUAUGUCGAUGUUUGUAGUGGGUGUACUGCAGUUGUGCUUUCCUUGAAACUGAUUCUACAUUUUGAAACGGUGGUGAAUUAUGUCAAUGUAAUAAUUGAUCGACUGUGUAUAUUUGUUGGGCCUUAUUCCUCUGAAUGUACAUUUGUUGCUCAAAACUUUGCUAGUAAGUUGAUAGAUUUGCUUGAAAAUGCGACAGUUCCUCGAAUUUGUCAGAAAUGGAGAAUGUGUCAAUGA